AUGCAGCCGGAUUGCAUUACGCCCGCAUGUUUUGGUCCACGCUUUUUCAAGGGCAAACCCAAGAAAGAUAAAAAUACCAAACUGAAAAAGAAUGGUAAUGAUGUAUACAACCAAGUGAGCCCUCUCCCUGAACUCGUUGCAGAACCGACAAGUGCUAGAUCAAUGUCCUUUGUGGGAACACACGAGUACUUGGCGCCUGAAAUCAUUAAAGGCGAAAGCCAUGGCAGCGCUGUGGAUUGGUGGACCUUUGGGAUCUUUCUCUACGAGCUUUUGUUCGGAAGAACUCCAUUCAAGGGGCAAGGAAACCGGGCUACUCUGUUUAAUGUGGUUGGCCAGCCUUUAAGAUUUCCAGAGUCGCCUUCUGUCAGCUUUGCAGCCAGGGACUUGAUCAGAGGUUUACAUGUCAAGGAGCCACAGCAUCGUCUUGCGUAUAGGCGGGGAGCAACAGAAGUUACACAACAUCCGUUUUUCCAAAGCGUGAAUUGGGCACUAAUUCGCUGUACAACUCCACUCCAGGUGCCAAAGCACUACAUAUUGGAGACCUAA